UUCUCUUAUCAACGUCGAUGUCAAAUUUGUCCCUGGAAGAACAGUGCGACUCAUUUUCAGUUGACAAUGCCUAAUGACGUACACAACGACAACACUUUCUGCCCUGUUUGUCUUGAAAGCGGAACACAACCAAAGUUUCUUCCAUGUACAAUUACUCACAUGAUAUGUGAACCAUGUCUGCAGAACUUGAUCAAAUGUUCGGACGGAAGAACUUUCAAAUGUCCUAUAUGUCGAAAAGAGUACACCGUUGAUACAUUUGCUCCAGUACAAAGUCGACAAUACGGAGAACAAAAUAAUCACUAUGUGGAAACAUCUUUCUCAAGUCAAGGGAAUUUCACAACUAUCUCAGAAAGAGUUCAAAACGAAGGAGAUAGACGGUUGGCUGACCGGAUGAUCAGGAGCCAUAGUGACUCACGAAUCAAUGAGAGACCGGAAACAUAUUCUAAUAACAGAUCAGGAUGUGGCUGGGGGUGCUGUUGUCAGUGGUGUAUAAUAGCUGUGGCAUCAGCAGUUUGUAUCUUGCAUUUAUGCUUUGUUGCCAUUUACAGAUUUAUAUCAGGUACGUAUGUUACAUGGUCAGGUGAUUAUCACGGAACAAUUAUCGCAUGGUAUACAGUAAUGGACUGGUUUGUGAUAUUCUGCAUUAUUUUGUACAAAAGUGUGUAUUUCUUUAUCAAACAAAAUUGACCUUCUCCAGAUAUUUGAAAUUUGUUGAUAUUGUUUAUUAUAUGUAGAUGUCAUACAUUGUUCGUUAGGUUGCAUCUCUGUGUCCUCAUAAGCCUUAAAGUCUAUUGGAAUAAAAAAUGUUUACUGUCAAAGGCGACUUAUGACCUUGAUGUGAAUAACUUACAAAACAUGUAACGUAUAAUGUGUUGAAAAAUAGGUUACAAAAGAAACAGGACAUUAUCUAUACAUUGCACUUAUUAAGAAGUGAUUAUGAGUACAUGUUGUAAUGAUAUAUCCAUAAUAUUGUGUUUAUCAGUCUUAAUAAGUGAUGAAUCAUAAGGACAUUUAAUUGCUAAAUUGAAAGUCAUCUUCAGCUGCAGUUCUGUGUAAAUGAUUAUGAAUAUUCAUCAUUAUGUUAACAAACAUUUUCUUUUUUGUUUGGGAUUUAACUUUUACACAUAUUAGUAUUAUCAUAUUAUUAAAACAGGUAAUGAUCAAAAUUACCUGCUUUCCCCGGAAAGAACGUUAUAGUUCCAUGUAUGUUCAGCAAAAAAAAAAAAAAAAAAAAACAUUGAAAAGUUGGUAAUCGUCUUUCCUCCUUUUUAUACUAUUUUGUCGCCCAUACAUAUAAACAAAUCCCCUCUAUUUAGAAUAUUUAAAUGAGUCUAAAAUGUGUGUCUAUAUUAUAAUUUCAUGAAUAUCGUUUAUAAACUUUUCUUUCACAUUUAGUUCAGCCUAUCUUUUAACUCUUUUAUGAUAAAUCAAUGUUUAAACAUAUUAUAGAUUUGCCAAUGUAUCCAAAGGUUUAUUUAUGAAAAUUUAUGUCUGUCUUUCUUUUUAUUUAUUCGCCAGCAUUUAAAAGACUUUAACACCAUUGUAGAACCAUGCCUGUCUCCACAUCCGAGUAGUCUGGUUGAUCAAACGCAUGAAGUAGAACUCAUUGUACUAACCGAAACAUUAAUAAAAAUUAUUAUUAUCAGAAGAUUCUAUUUUUGGAACAUUAUUAGCAUUCUGAGAUAUAUACAUGUAGUUCUACAUAUUUUAAUAACCUGGCCAAUAGAAACAGUAUAAUAUAUUGUAGCUCAAAGAUGUCCAGAUGCCUUACUAUCAAACGAUAAUAGUAAUAUCAUUCUCGUUUUUUCAUUGCACUAUCGCUUUCCAUCAUGAAAUCACACUUUGUACAUCCCAAUAUCGAAGCAAAAACAUAAAGUUUAUGUAAUAGAAUUAAGUUUCCAUUCAAAAAUUGUUUUCCGUGUGAUAACGAUUGUCUUCUGUAUUCCUUUAAGUUUGCCACCGGUUGCCAUAAUAUAUGAUUUGACGUCCCCUAUGGAUAGUAUCAAAACCAUAACAGUUGUCUAUAAUUGCAUGUAUUUUUAUGGCAAUACGUUACUUUUUAUUUCUGAACAUGGUAUUCAUGUAUCGGUAGAAGUCUUCUCCGCUUUUAUUAAAUAUUGCAUGUUAUUUUUCCGGGUUUAUACAUGUAACAGAAAUUUAUCACUUUAAUGUUUCCUUUACUUUUUUCACCAUAAGCCGUUGUUCGUGUAUGUGCCUCAGUCUAUUUUUUUGUACAGUAUAUACAUACAUAGCCAUUGUUUUCAUCAAUCUUUGAAGAUGUUUCGAUUAUUGUUCGUUCUACCUAGGUAAGUGGAAGUGAUG